UGUCACUCACCCCGUCCCAGUUUUUAUUUGAAGUUUUGAAUUAUUUAUUUUAUUGCUACAAACAAAGAAAUAUAAAAAGAAAUUAUUAAUAGAAAGAUACUAUAAAAUAAAAUGUGUGAAUAAGAAAAAACAAAUUUUCGAUGUGUUAUUAGAACUUACGCCGGCGGAAAGUUGAGUUAUCCUAAUAAAUAUUUUAAAAUACAUCACAACGCAGAUUUCUCAAUUAGAAGAGAUAAUGACUCUGCUGCUGAAGAGCAUGUGGCGGAGUCUGCUGAGGAGCAGCCACCUCAACAUGACACUCACCUCCACCAGUUUUGUUUCUUCAGUGUCCACAGAGGCGAAUCGUUCGAGACCUCCGGACGCGGUGAUGACCAGUCUGAAGUCGGCGCCGAGCGCCAACGACGUGCUGGCAGCUGUGCAGGCGCACCUUCCAGUGAUGACUCACAAACACAUGCUGCAAGCGCUGAGAACUUUGUUCGAACUGCACAAGUCAGGCAGAUACCACGAAGACUUCGAAACGAUAAUGAAGAAUCCGGCAUUCACGGUACUCUGCCAAAACUUCAAAAGAUACGCCCCCUCGUUAGACGUGAACGAAGCUAUCGAAGCAACCAAACUAUUAUCCUACCUCAAAGUUCCAGUCGACUCUUUGAUAGUCCAGACGAUGUUACAACUCAUACGAUGCAACAUAAACUUGAUAAGCAUACGACAAAUCAUGUUCUUAGAUUUUAUACUGAACAAAUUCGAUUCUAAGAAUCAUUUGGUAGAUGCGUUGAAGUUGGCUCUUCCCCUGGCCUUCCAAAUACACCUCCCGUUGGAGCUGGACCGGGAGGAUGUGGCUUUGUUGAAGGAAAUGCUGGCAUACUGCUGUUCACAUGAAUUGCCUGAUCGGUGUGUCAAUAAUAUUGUUACCGCGUUGCUGUUGCAAGAUCAAGCUAUUAAUGCGCAGGUCGCCAAAUCCAUAAUCUGGUCGUUAUGCAACGUGAACUGCACGGAAGAGAAAUUCCCCACCAGGGUGCAACUCCUGCACAUCUGUUACGACAUUCUGGCCCAAAGCGUGGACCAGUUGAUCUAUGAUGAUGUGCUGAGGACCGCCGCGAAGAUGAAGGGCCGCGUGAUGGAGAAACAUCCGGAGUAUUAUCACGAGCAGUUGGUGGACGCUAUAGCCGAUUACGCGGUGCGUCGCGACGUGGGAUUCGAGAAAGGGCUGCUGCUGGCUAGGGUCCUGGCGAGGAUCGCACACACCCACCUGGGCCUCGUGGAGUAUCUCUGCCAACUGGCUGCCGCUACGCCGACCACCCUCGCCAACGCCCGCACCAACCAUCUGUUCAGCUUCAUCAACUGCUUGUCCAACAACAAUUACACCCCUGAGUCUGACCAGUGGGAGCUGCUGAGGAGGCAGAUAUCCAAUAACCCUGUGCUUGACGCGAGAAACGCAGCGCUACCUUGGACAAAAAUAUGUCUCGAACUCGCUUCCUUAGGACAUUACGAAGACAAACUGCUUUCUAGGGUUUUCUCACCAGAAUUCCUAAAAGAAUACCUUUCAAGGGAGGACAAUACCCUGGACUACCUCCAACUCCUGACUCUACACGAAGCCGUGAAGGCGUUUCACAGCGACCAGUUUUCCUUACCACCUGAUGUGGUGGAGAAGGCAAAAGCGCUGUAUCCUGUGCAUGCGCAUACUGAUCUGUUGGAGGAGCACUUGUCCAGGGGGUUGGGGAGCCAGGAGUACGUGGCGAAGAAUGUGGUGUUGCCGAAUGGAUUCGUUGCAGAUCUAUUGAUGUGCCUGAAAAAUAAUUACCCCAUCAAACUACACACGAUGUGCAAUGAACAAAAGGUGCCAUUAGAAUCUCUGAAUCUACCUCAAGGCGGCGUAGUAGUAUGCGUAAUGAACUUCAACCAAGGCUGUUUCUCGAUGAACAGCAACCGGCUUCGCGGCACGUUCCGACUAGUCCUCGACAUUCUAGAAAAAAUCGGCUACGUAGCGGUCGCGGUCAACUCCAGCGAAUGGCUGAGCGCGCCGGCCCACGAACGCACCCCUUACUUACUGCGAGAAGUUGGCUACAAGUGUGGAGAGUUCGGAAUGAAGUUAUCUGCAACUUGAUUAACGGACCAUAGACUAAAACUGUGAUUCGAAUUUGAGUUUUAAAUUUUAGUGACAUAGAAAGGAGUUUUGAGGACUUGUUGUUGGUAGGACUGUAGCAAAAUAUAUUUUGUUUUUGUUUUUUAA